CGUGUCCAACGGCAUGGAGAGCGUGACACAUGCGGCGCAGGUGCAAGUCCCGGAUCCAUUCUGCAUCUUCCAUCAUCUUGCCAUCACGUAUGACGAUGCGCCAGGUGCUACUGAUGCUGUGCGCGCUGGUCAUGGUGGCUGUCGCGCAGACGACGCCGUCGACAACCAACCCCUUCUUGCCCGCGGAGAGCGCGUGCCAGCGCUGCGCCAACACGGGCACGUGCGACCAAGCGUACCGCGGCAACGCAGGCAAGUACUGCGGCAACUGGCUCGCGCCGCCGAACCUCGCGCGGGCCGUGUGCUGCUGCCCGACCAAGAGCAUUUGCGCCAUCUCGGCGGACCUCAAGCGCUGCGAGUGCCGGGAGGAAAAGUCGAUUCCGUACUGGGUCUGGAUCCUUGUCGCGAUUGGUGUCAUCCUCAUCGGCGUCGGCAUUUACUUUUGCUGCUGCCGCCCCACGCCCACCCCCGAGACCGUCUACGUGCAGCAAGCCGCGCCCAUGUACGUCGAGCAGCCCAUGGGCAUGUGCGGUGCGCCCGGCCAGCCCGUUUACGUCCAAGGGCAGCCGAUGAUGGUCAAUGGUGGCUACGGCUACGGCGGCUACGGUCCGGGCUAUGGCUACGGUGACGGCGGCCUCGCGGCGGGUGUCGCGGUCGGUGCGACCGCGGGUCUUGUUGGCGGCCUUGCACUCGGCGCAGCCAUGGACGCGGGCCACGGCUAUGGUGGUGGCUACGGCGGCGGCUACGGCGGCGGCUACGGCGGCGAAGGCGGCGGUGGCGGUGCCACGUUUGGCGGUGACUUUUAACCCACGAGUAAACUCGAAUAUCUAUUCUGAAAA